AAUCAAUUGAGCCAACCACUUCACACUCUCUCCUCCAAAGUAUGGCAGCGGAGGUUACUCGCCUUUGCUUCUGGAAAAGAUAAACAGAUCUGCAAUUUGAUUUCGAGAAAAAGAUGUUAUUGAGAAGCUCAUCAACCCCUUUACUCAAUUCAUGGAAACCAAAAUCAUGUGGGUCGUCGCCGGAAUCCGAUCUACUUCCGAUAACGACCCAGCAGCUGAAUCGGACUCGAUCUGUGUUAAUGUCGACGUCAUUUGGUCCGGAUGAAUCACCGGUGAAACAUACAUCUCCGACGAAACAUGUACCUAAUAGGUGUAUGUGCGAGUUGGACCCACGAGAUCCAGCUGUUCAGAAGAAGAACAAAAACGAGGCAAAAAGAGAGGCGACAACGCCGAAGCUGAAGAAUAAAGAAGUGGGUUCGACGGAGGUGAGGAGAUUGUUGUCGAAUUCUGGUUUGGGAAAGGCGGAGGAAGAGGCUAGUGUAGCUGUGGAGGAGAAAGGGAGGGUGUUGCAGUCUCUGGUGGCGGGUGGUGCAGGUGGAGGAGGAGGAGGUAGAGUUUGCGGUGGAGGAGGAAGCGGGGGAUCGCAUGGUGGAGAUGGGUCGGAUUCUCAGGAUUCAAAUAGUUGGCAUGGGCAUGAUAGUACAGACGCCUAUUACCAGAAAAUGAUUGAAGCCAACCCAGGAAAUGGUCUUCUUUUGGCCAAUUAUGCCAGAUUCUUGAAAGAGGUUAGGGGUGAUUUAGAAAAAGCUGAGGAGUACUGCGGAAGAGCCAUUUUAGCAAACCCGAAUGAUGGUAAUGCUUUGUCACUCUACGCUGAUCUGAUAUGGCAAACUCAGAAAGACGCAGCUCGUGCCCACACUUACUUUGAUCAAGCUGUGAAAUCUGACCCUGAUGACUGCUAUGUUCUGGCCUCUUAUGCUCGAUUCCUGUGGGAUGCUGAUGAAGAAGAUGAGAAUGAGGGUGAGGAAGAAGAACUGAGUAGGCAAUUUGGUAUACAGAAUGAGAAUUCAGCACAAGCCCAGAACUUCUUUGGUGCACCCUCUCAUCCACCUCCCUUGACCGCUGCUUCUUAGUUUCAAAGUCUCUUCCAAUGUUAAUCAGACGCCUGAACACAUAGAUUAGAUAACUAAUAUAAGUAUGUCUAGUAUAUAAGUAGCUAAGAAAUAGAUUGCUCUCGACUAUGAAGAGUUUUCCUUCUGUCUCUUUUACAAGCGCUAAUAAAAACUAGAGGUCUAACUAAAUGUUAUUUUGUGAUGUCUGGUAACCGAGUAUUAUAUUAUGUACACUUCGCGUUGUUUCUCAAAUAAUGCACAAAGUGAGUUGUUUUGUAGUU